UCAUUGGCCAGUUGACUCAUGGGUGUGGCUGUGUACUAAUUUUGUAGGAAGCAUAUUAGAUUGUUUCAUGUCACCGUUUUUAUAGACGAUAUCCCAAAUUACCUGUAAUAAUUGAUGGACAUGGAUUACACAGCAACCCAAAGUGGGUUCAGACAGCGUAAGUUACGUACGUUGAUCAAAGUAUUGGUAAGACGUCUUGCUUUUUUACCUAGAAAUCUAGCUAACGUAUGCUAACCGGCAUGCUAAUAGGUAGCUAGCAAGCUAACCCACUCCAUGGCUGCUCUUCAAACCAAGGCUAACCUAACUACCUGGCAAAUGUAGCUAGCUAACUUGUUUUCUGUCAUAUGCGGUGUUUUAUCAAUCAUAACAGCUAACUUCUUGCUAAUUUAGCUAGCUAACACCAUGUUGCACAAGACUGAGCUAGCUAGCUCGCUGUUAGCCACAUUAGAUAACAUCACCAGAUAGCUUUUCAUAUUCCAUGUAGACAGAGAACCUGAAACAUGUCUGAUCAGCAGCGGGCUACAUUAUUCAGGUUUACGUUAGAAGGUCGCACUAUUCGCUCUUUAGAGUUAGUUACGUUUUUAAGCCUUUACGUACUGCCCGUAUUGCAUUGCUUCUAAAUUGGGACAUGGUACUGUGCCUCUGGUUAUGUUAGCUAACGUUAGGUUCUUGUUGGUCUCUGCCCAGUGUCCAAUCAGAACUUGUCCUCAAGACCGCGCUACAGAAAGUAUUCAUACAUUACAAUUUCCAUUUGAGUAAUUUAGCACCCCUUGAUUUGUUCCACGUUUUGUUUUGUUACAUACUGAUUCCACUGAAUUCAAAAUGGAUUAAAGAUAUUAUUUUUGUUCCACCCAUUUACACACAAUACCCCAUAAUGACAAAGUGAAAACAGGUUUUUAGACAUUUUUUCUAAUUUAUUGAAAAUGAAGUACAGAAAUAUUUCAUUGACGUAAGUAUUCACACCCCUGAGUCAAUACUUUGUAGAAUCACAUUUGGCUGUGAUAACAACUGUGAGUCUUUUGGGGUAAGUCUCUAAGAGCUUUUCACAUCUGGAUUGUACAAUAUUUGCCCAUUAUUCUUUUUUUUUUAUUCUUCAAACUCUGUCAAGUUGAAAGACAUUUUCAGGUCUUGCAGUAGAUUUUCAAGCCGAUUCAAAUCAAAACUAUAACUAGGCCAUUCAAUGUCCUCUUGGUAAGCGACUCCAGAGUAUAUUUGGCCUUGUGUUUUAGGUUAUUGUCCUGCUGAAAGGUGAAUUUGUCUCCCAGUGUUUGUUGGAAAGCAGACUGAACCAGGUUUUCCUCUAGGAUUUUGCCUGUGCUUAUAGCUGUAUUCCGUUACUUUUAAUCCCCCAAAACUCCCUAGUCCUUGCCGAUGACAAGCAUACCAAUAACAUGAUGCAUCCACCAGUAUGCUUGAAAAUAUGAAGAGUGGUACUCAGUGAUGUGUUGUGUUGUAUUUGCUCCAAACAUAACGCUUUGGAUUCAGGAAAAAAAGUUUUUUGCGGUAUUACGUAAGUGCCCUGUUGCAAACAGGAUGCAUAUUUUUAAAUAUUUUAUUCUGUAUAGGCUUCCUUCUUUUUAUACUGUCAUUUAGGAUAGUAUUGUGGACUAACUACAAUGUUGUUGGUCCAUCCUCAGUUUUCUCAUAUCACAACCAUAUAACUGUUGUGGUCCUCUGUAGCUCAAUUGGUAGAGCAUGGCGCUUGUAACGCCAGGGUAGUGGGUUCGAUCCCCGGGACCACCCAUACGUAAACAUUUAUGCACAUAUGACUGUAAGUCGCUUUGGAUAAAAGCGUCUGCUAAAUGGCAUAUUAUUAUUAUUAUUAUUAUUAUUAUUAUUAUUAUUAUAUUAUUUUUAAAUCACCAUUGGCCUCAUGGUGAAAUCCCUGAGAAGUUUCCUUCCUCUCCGGAAACUGAGUUAGAAAGGAUGCCUGUAUCUUUGUAGUGACUGGAUGUAUUGAUACAUCAUCCAAAGCCUAAUUAAUAACUUCACCAUGCUCAAAGGGAUAUUCAGCGUCUGCUUUUGUUAUUUUUACACAUCUACCAAUCUGCGCUCUUUUUUACAAGGCAUUAACAAACCUCCCUGGUCUUUGUGGUUAUAUCUGUGCUUGAAAUGCACUACUAGAUUGAGGAACCUUACAGAUAAUUGUAUGUGUUGGGUACAGAGAUAGAAUAGUUAUUCAAAAAUCAUGUUAACCACUAUUAUUGAAUAGGGAAUGAGUCCAUGCAACUUAUGUGAUUUGUUAAGCACCUUUUUACUCCUGAACUUAUUUAGGCUUGCCGUAACAAAGGGGUUGAAUGCUUAUUGAGAUAUUUCAUUUUUUUUUUUAUAAAUUUCUGAAAAUGUCUACAAACAAAUUUUCACUUUGACAUUAUGGGGUAUUGUGUGUAGAUCAGUGACACAAAAUCACAAUUUAAUAAAUGUUUAAUUCAGGCUGUAACACAACAAAAUGUGGGAAUAGUAAAGGGGUGGGAAUACUUUCUGAAGGCACUGUACUUGCUAAAAUUACUGGCACCGCUGUGGUAAGCCCAACAAUAGCCUACUACUGGGUGUCCCAAUUUGGCAGCAUCUUGUGCAAUUAAACUUGGGAUUUGUAGGACCUGAUGGCUGACUUCCUGGACUAGGUAGUACUAGUGACUGAGUUGGCGAUUCAUUCUGCUCAAUAAUACUAUAUACAGUGGGGAAAAAAAGUAUUUAGUCAGCCACCAAUUGUGCAAGUUCUCCCACUUAAAAAGAUGAGAGAGGCCUGUAAUUUUCAUCAUAGGUACACGUCAACUAUGACAGACAAAUUGAGAAAAAAAAUUCCAGAAUAUUACAUUGUAGGAUUUUUAAUGAAUUCAUUUGCAAAAAUAUGGUGGAAAAUAAGUAUUUGGUCACCUACAAACAAGUAAGAUUUCUGGCUCUCACAGACCUGUAACUUCUUUAAGAGGCUCCUCUGUCCUCCACUCGUUACCUGUAUUAAUGGCACCUGUUUUAACUUGUUAUCAGUAUAAAAGACACCUGUCCACAACCUCAAACAGUCACACUCCAAACUCCACUAUGGCCAAGACCAAAGAGCUGUCAAAGGACACCAGAAACAAAAUUGUAGACCUGCACCAGACUGGGAAGACUGAAUCUGCAAUAGGUAAGCAGCUUGGUUUGAAGAAAUCAACUGUGGGAGCAAUUAUUAGGAAAUGGAAGACAUACAAGACCACUGAUAAUCUCCCUCGAUCUGGGGCUCCACACAAGAUCUCACCCCGUGGGGUCAAAAUGAUCACAAGAACGGUGAGCAAAAAUCCCAGAACCACACAGGGGGACCUAGUGAAUUACCUGCAGAGAGCUGGGACCAAAGUAACAAAGCCUACCAUCAGUAACACACUAUGCCGCCAGGGACUCAAAUCCUGCAGUGCCAGACGUGUCCCCCUGCUUAAGCCAGUACAUGUCCAGGCCCGUCUGAAGUUUGCUAGAGUGCAUUUGGAUGAUCCAGAAGAGGAUUGGGAGAAUGUCAUAUGGUCAGAUGAAACCAAAAUAUAACUUUUUGGUAAAAACUCAACUUGUCGUGUUUGGAGGACAAAGAAUGCUGAGUUGCAUCCAAAGAACACCAUACCUACUGUGAAGCAUGGGGGUGGAAACAUCAUCACCAGGACGACUGAUCCGUGUAAAGGAAAGAAUGAAUGGGGCCAUGUAUCGUGAGAUUUUGAGUGAAAACCUCCUUCCAUCAGCAAGGGCAUUGAAGAUGAAACGUGGCUGGGUCUUUCAGCAUGACAAUGAUCCCAAACACACCGCCCGGGCAACGAAGGAGUGGCUUCGUAAGAAGCAUUUCAAGGUCCUGGAGUGGCCUAGCCAGUCUCCAGAUCUCAACCCCAUAGAAAAUCUUUGGAGGGAGUUGAAAGUCCGUGUUGCCCAGCGACAGCCCCAAAACAUCACUGCUCUAGAGGAGAUCUGCAUGGAGGAAUGGGCCAAAAUACCAGCAACAGUGUGUGAAAACCUUGUGAAAACGUUUGACCUGUGUCAUUGCCAACAAAGGGUAUAUAACAAAGUAUUGAGAAACUUUUGUUAUUGACCAAAUACUUAUUUUCUACCAUAAUUUGCAAAUAAAUUCAUUAAAAAUCCUACAAUGUGAUUUUCUGCAUUUUUUUUUCUAAUUUUGUCUGUCAUAGUUGACGUGUACCUAUGAUGAAAAUUACAGGCCUCUCUCAUCUUUUUAAGUGGGAGAACUUGCACAAUUGGUGGCUGACUAAAUACUUUUUUUCCCCACUGUAUAGCAAGUUGUUUGAUGCAAUGGAGAUUAAUGGGCAUAGACUCUAUGCUCUAUGAUAGAGCCCCCAAUCUCUCAAUAAUCCAAGGUAGCCAUGAGCCAGGGGGAUCGGUUGGGCUCACUUGGGCCGACGAUGUCUCAUAGUGAUUUUCUUUGAAGGUCUAUGUCCCUAGAGUUGGAAAAUGUAUGAUACUAGUGCAGCAAUGAUAGCUUUCUGUAUGUUAUCACUCUCUUUCAUCACUCCAGCCCAUUCAUUUUGCCCAUAGGGAUUUUACCCUAUGACAAACAAUGUCAGUAUACAGCAAGUUGUUGUUCACUUAUACCCUUUAAUCAUAUAUCAUUGGAAAGCAUAGAUUCACAGCUAUCCAUCAGACACAUUUUCGGAAUGUUCAGGCCAACAGAACUUUGACCUUUGACAUCUAGGGUACAUAUCAGAAUUUCCUGUAUAAAUGGCUUUAAGAAGGUAACCCUGAUACAUUUUAAACUUUGUUUGGUACGUGCUUCUGAAAGGUCUUGAAAUUACCUUUCAAAUGAUAUACAAUAUAACCAUCUUUAAAAGCACCAGCUACAACUCAUUUUGUAUAUUGUCUCAUUAACGUUAGAAUGUUGGAAGCAUAGCCAUAAAAUUCCAUGUAAUGGGAAAGAUAUGUUUUUGGAUUGUAACUUUGGUGAUAGAGGCACCAAAUUGCGCAAACACACAGCUAGAACAGGGGUUUAAAAAGAUUUGUAGAUACAGGGCCAUCAUAGAAUUCACACAUUAACCCCACAGAAGCCUUUUUCCAAUAUGACCGCCAAACAACUCAAUGAGGUCUUAUUGGACAAUUUCGCAUGACCAUACCCGUAUGAAAUAUAAUUGCAAUAUGACCAAAAAUGUUCAUAGUGAUGUAGAAUACACAACCACAUGAGCCAGGUGUGCCAGAUACAGUAAAUAAAGAUGUUCAAUUAUUCACAAAAUUGUGGUAAGAAUGUCCCCAGAAAGCUUUGCAAUAUUUCAUCUUCAAACAUGUAAAAUGGAUAUGUACAUGUGAAUAGUCAUGGAUGUGAGCAGAUUAAAAUGAAAUACAAUGUUAUCUAAGUACAGGGAUCAUCAUCUAGAUUCAGCAUCAUCUACAUUUUCUUGAGCGGAUGGUCAGGGGGCCUUUGGAACUUAACUUUCAUAUAAGAGAUAAGUCCUUGGUUCGGUUAGUAUCGAUAAUUUUCGGUUUAUCGACCCAGCUCUACAGUAGACCACAAGUGAAGAUCUAUAAAUGUUUCUUAGUGUGACUGUUGUUUGAAGUUUCAUUGGUCCAUUUUGAAAUAGAGCCUACUUGUCCUGGCUGACUUCUAGCCAGAUAUCUCUCUCUGAGAAAGAGGUUCCUAAUCUCAAGGGAUCUCGUUGUUAAGUAUUAAUAAUAAGAUUAGUCUACAGUGCAGGCCAAUGAAUGUCUGUGAAAGAAGGACAAAGCAUAAAUUGAUAAGAAGAGGCUGGGGUGCCUUAAGGGUGUCCUUCUGCUUAGUGCGUGAUGAUGUGACCAUUCUGCCCUCGGGAUAAAACACACCCAGAAUUGAUGACUGAGAGCAGGGUUUAUCUUACACAUGGAGUGAAGAGACCCCAUUAUUGGCACUGUCUGCUUAGGCCAGGCUAUUUGUUGUUAUGUGUCAAUGUGCACUGCAUAGCUCCUUCUUUUGCAGCUCAAUUUUGUCUGUCCAUCAAAUGCUUUGGAAGAUUGCCGUUUGUCACCUUACAACUUCACAUAACAUCACAGCUAUUAACGAUGCAUGCAUGUGUUACGCAGUACUUGCAGUCUGUAUCCCCCACUCCACUGACCAGGAUGUGGUUUCAUCCUCCUCUUGCGUGACAGAUCCCAAAAUGAGGAUGAGGAACACGUCAAUGGACGGGACUGACCCCAGCCAGCUGUUUGACGACACCAGUGCAGCGCCGGGGGUGCAGCCCGCUGGUUUCCCGGGCCAGGGUGUUGGGGCGAUAGGCUACCCCGGCCAGACCCUCCUCUCAGACCCCAUGUCCAACUUGGCCAUGGCCUACGGGAGCAGCCUGGCCAGCCAGGGCAAAGACUUGGUAGACAAAAAUGUAAGACUCAUGGUACUGAUGGUAAAUAGUUGUUAGUAAGUAGCAACAUGAGUGCCAUUUAAGUAGGGCUAAAUCGUCUUGGUUUUGCUUCGUUUACUCUACAGCUGGAUCGUUUCCUCCCCAUCUCCAAGCUGAAGUAUUACUUUGCUGUGGACACAGUUUACGUGGGCAAGAAACUCGGCCUGCUAGUCUUCCCCUACAUGCACCAGGUACUGCUGACAUGUCACCCUGUGUUACUAUGGGAACCAUCUGGUCACCAUCUGUAGGUAUUGCUUGUGUCCGUGUCGGACUCAGCUACCAAGCUGAUACUGAUCUUAUGCCCUAGGAUGACACUCAUUGAUUGUGGGACUAAAGAAGAUGUAUGUUUUUGUUUGUUUUGUUUAGAACUGGGAAGUGAGCUACCAACAGGACACCCCAGUGGCUCCACGCUUUGAUAUCAACGCUCCUGACUUGUACAUUCCAGGUAAAGGAGAUUUGGUCAAGUCUACCACCCUGACUGAACCAAACUAAUAAGACCUGUAACUAGCCUGUUAUUGUUUUUGUAUAACAUUGUUUUAUAUUAUUUUGCAGCAAUGGGUUUUAUCACAUACAUCCUGGUGGCUGGGUUAGCACUCGGAACACAGAACAGGUAAAGGUGGCCAACUUCCACUCACUUUUUUGCACCUUUCGUCCCAGUUUUCUGUAUAAAGAGUAUCCUGAAACUUGUAUCUACCCUAACCUCAACCUCCCCUCUGUCUCUAGGUUUACCCCUGAGAUCCUGGGCAUGCAGGCUAGCUCGGCCCUGGUGUGGCUCAUCAUGGAGGUGCUGGCUGUCCUCCUCAGUCUCUACCUGGUCACAGUCAACACAGACCUCACCACCAUCGACCUUGUGGCCUUCUCCGGAUACAAAUAUGUGGGGUAUGGAUGGUCUCUCGCUCUCUCUGACAUGAUUAGUAUGACAUUGCGGUUUGUGGUUCUGGAUUUUCCUGUCUUUCAACAUUGUUGUCGUCUGAUUUUUUUUACAAGUUGAAAGACAUAAUGGCACAUCAACUACUCGGAUGAAUUGUGAAGGAUUCCCUUGUGUGUGCAGGAUGAUUGUAGGGGUCGGGGCAGGGUUACUAUUUGGUCGAACGGGGUAUUACCUAACGCUGCUGUGGUGCUGUAUAUCCAUCUUCGUCUUCAUGGUGAGUAGCAGGAAUAGCUGACUUUAGAAUAUCAUUUACUCCGUUCAAUGUCCCCUGCCAGUGCCUUGACUAUGCUCAUAUGUUCACAAGCUUGAUUUAGGCUCCCUCUGUCUUGGUCCUCUCUUCAGAUCCGCACGUUGAGACUAAAGCUCCUGUCUGAUGCAGCAGCCCAAGGCGUGUUGGUCCACGGGGCCAGGAACCAGCUGAGGAUGUACCUGACCAUGUCCAUCGCAGCCGCCCAGCCCAUAUUCAUGUACUGGUUGACCUAUCACCUGGUCAGGUAAGACCACGAGCUGACCAGGAGUGUUUCAUCUGACAUGACACUACCUCUCUAUGGAAAGAUAAGACGGUUCACUGACCAUCACCUCUCCCCACCAUUUGCUGCGGAGGUGCGGCGGAGGUGCAGGACACUUGCACAGAUCAAUAAAAACACACAAAUGGCAUUGUAGAAUCAGCAUUGCCAAGUCUCACAGUACAAGUGGAACAGUAGUGUUGACCUGUUGACCUAUAGUUUUUUAUGUAAUUGUCUAAAAAGGAUAAUUGAGUGCCUUGUCAUGUUUUGUAUACUGUAAUUAGUUAGUUAAUUAUGUUUUCUAAACAUUUGUGAACAUAUGGUUGUAUAUUUUGCAAUCUAGCUUGGGUCCUCAAUCUCAAAAGCUUUGACUAAGCCAAGGAUGGAAGAACAGUUAAGGCUAAUUUAUAGCCUACAUAAGUAUGCAACGCAAUAAUGCAAUUAGCUACACAAAAUGGCUGUCCUGCAGAAUUGCAUUGCAGAAUUUGC